AACAAAAUAUGCUAUAAAAGUUCAAUUAUAAAAAUGACAACGUUGCAGAUGAAAUUUUCAUGGAAGGACUUAUGAAUGUUGAAAUCACAGUUAAGGACUCUUCGUCCACCUAUAUAACUAACACCUCAUUCAUUAGCUUGCCCUAUCUUUUUCCAUUCCAACUUUUUUCUCACAAAAAUUAUAAAAAAAUAAAAAUCUGUGGCAUUAUUUUGAUCAACAUGACUAUCAUCAUUGAGCAGCACCCUGAUUCUGUUUAUUAUGAGGAGAAGGAAGAAUAUGUAGUGGCAAUAGAAGAAGUACAUAAGCCAAAUUACUUUUUGGUACCUCAAACCAACUCCUUUGGCCAAACUUUUAGAGAUUAUGAGGCUGAAGGUGAAAGGCAACCUGGUGUGGAGAAAUUCUACCGGAUUAAUCACAUUUGCCAGUGUGUUGACUUUGUGAAAAAGAUGAGGGAAGAGUAUGGAAAACUAGACAAGGUGGAAAUGAGCAUUUGGGAAUGCUGUGAGCUCCUAAACGACGUCGUCGAUGAGAGUGAUCCUGACUUGGAUGAGCCACAAAUUGAGCAUUUGUUACAAUCUGCUGAGGCUAUUAGAAAAGAUUAUCCUAAUGAAGAUUGGCUUCAUCUCACUGCCCUUAUUCAUGAUCUUGGUAAGGUUCUCCUACUUCCUAGCUUUGGUGAGCUUCCUCAAUGGGCUGUUGUUGGUGAUAUAUUUCCUGUUGGUUGUGCUUUUGACGAGUCGAUCGUGCACCACAAGUAUUUUGCUCUAAACCCGAACUACGAUAACCCAGCUUAUAACACAAAGUAUGGCAUGUACUCCGAAGGAUGUGGACUUGAGAAUGUGUUAAUGUCAUUUGGGCAUGAUGACUACAUGUACCUAGUUGCAAAGGAGAACAACACUACUCUACCUUCGGCUGCUCUGUUCAUCAUACGAUAUCAUUCUUUCUACGCACUACACACUGCAGGAGCAUACAAGUACUUGAUGAAUGAAGAGGAUAAAGAGAACUUGAAAUGGCUCCAUAUAUUUAACAAGUAUGACCUCUACAGCAAGAGCAAGGAGAGAAUUGAUGUGGAGAAGGUUAAACCGUACUAUCUCUCCCUCAUUGAGAAGUACUUCCCAUCGAAACUAAGAUGGUGAAGAUGGAUCACUCAAGACACUGUACCCAGGGGAUGUUCUACUAAUCAGGGAAACCCAGACCUAAGUAAGGUGGUUAAGAAAUAGUUCUACUAUGUAGCUACAGUAUGUUCCAGAGGAUGUGUUUUAGAGGAUGCCUUUGUGGAUGAUACUUAUAAGGAAGCUUUAAUGCGUGGUUAAGGACCCUUUUAUGUCUUAAAUACAAAUGUCUUUUAGAUGAUAAUACCAUUACCGCCAUUUAUUACCGCCUCCGCCUUUUGAAUGGGUCAUAUACUCAUAUGACUUGUGAGGAUAAAUUAUGGAUGUUGAUGUUCUUCCAACUAUCGUUGGCAGAUAAUGUUCAAUCAGAAUAUGUCCACAUUUCUUACAAAUAAUGAAAUCACACUUUACAUAGUAUCUCAACAAAAACCACAUAACUUAGCAAUGUGGUGGCUCAUAGCUUAGCAAAUAUUAGUAGCAAGUUUAAUGAAAGUCGUAUUUGGUUAGAGUACCCUCAUGAAAUUCAUGAGGCUAUUUGUAAUGAUCUUGCUAAUUUGAUUACUUAAUAAAAUGCUAAGCAUCAUUGCUGUAAAAAAAAACCAAAAAAAAAAAAAACAAAAAACAAAAACCUCAUAAAAAGUGUUCCCAUAUAUAAUCACUCAAAUAAGGCUCAUAGCAAUUAUUUCACUAUCCAAGCCCCCUCAUCGAUUAAUCUUAAUUCUUGACUUCUGCACGUAAAGCUCUUUUACAUGAAUACCCUAAUACGUAGAAUAAUUCCGAGGGGUAAAAAUCAGUUUAACUUUCAUGAUGGCAGUUUUUAGCAGUAUAAUGCAAAAACUUGCUCUGAAGUGAGAACAGAGAACCACAGAGCAGCAGAAAUUAAUACAUAGAGCGGGCAGUUCAAUCAUGUCAUGUAACAUGAUACCUAUCGCGCCAAAUUUGGGUAAUUUGUAUGUCAUGCUAGAUCAGAGUCAAUGUUAUCUUAUAUUCUUAUCAUGUUAAAAGAUCAA